CGUUUUAAUACAUGAAAUUCAUUUCUUUUCAGGACCUGCUAAGAUGUCGUGUUCUGACGUCUGGUAUUGUCGAAACGAAAUUUCAAGUCGAUAAAGUUAAUUUCCAGUACGUUUUAUGUUAGAUCUUUGAGACGUUUUGAUAAGAAUCUCGAACGAACGCACAGUUAGACAGACAGACAAAAAUCCAAGCUGUUCACAAUGACUAACAAAGCUGGGCUUUUCCAACCAAACAAAAACAUAAUAUGUAUUUCUAAAAGCCCGGUAGCCAUAUUUUGUCACCGUAACUGAUUCGAUUUCCGUUUCCUUUGCCAGUAUGUUCGAUGUAGGAGGGCAGAGGGACGAAAGGAGGAAGUGGAUUCAAUGUUUUAAUGGUCAGUACUAUUUCAUGCUAAAGCAUGGUUUCCAUUUAGUAAUAUAGCUGUCGUGGACAUAUCAAGAUGACCGAUUAAUAGAGUGUCGAUAUUUCUCAUGCAGUAAAGACCGAUUUACAUACAGCAAACAAAAGACGAAAUACAGCCAGAUAAUUUCACAUCGUUGAAAAAUGACUUUGUCACAACAGCUAGGACCAAAUGGAAACUGCAAUCCUGAUAAAACGGCACACUUUACAUCAUUAGGGCUGAAUUUGGCACCCACCGUAAUAAAAAGCGUGCCAACGCCCCCUUACAUGCCGCCAAAUAACACCGUCCUUAACUAUGCCCACCUUGUGUUAGACCCCGAAGUGCUGCAUAAAAUUCAAUAAAGGGUCUGGACAUUAAGUUGUGAAUACAAUGCUCAUAUAUGUAAUACGAAAUCUGGCACGGAAAGUUGCUAUUUUUACUAAAGGCCAUGUUACACGGUGCAAUUUUUCUUGCAACUUGCAAUGCAAUUCUACUCUUGAGAGAUGUUAGUUAGUGAAAUCAGUGAAGAAUUUUCGAUAUGUUGAGAAAGCAUCAGCGGAGUGUAAUGAAGACUCGUAUUUGGCAAUUUUACAUCUCUCAAGAGUAGAAAUGCAUUGCAAGUUGCAAGAAAAAUUGCACCAUGUAACAUGGCCUUAAGUGUGCCGAGGAUUUUUGACCAGAAUUGUAGGCUUAAUCUAUGUUUUAUGUGCCCCAUUAUCGCCUAAUUCAUAUUUUCAGAUAACUCGCAUGCAUAGUAAUAUAAUGCAAGCGACGAAAAUUGUUGCAAAAACCACCACAGAAUACAAUAAACCCAUAACAAAACAAAAGAACUUGACGAUGUUUUUGUUUUUCCCAGAUGUCACGGCAAUUAUUUAUGUGGUGGCGUGCAGUAGUUACAAUCUCGUAUUGAGGGAAGAUCCAAGUCAGGUAGGAAUGGCACAGAAAAUUGAAAUAAAAACAAACAAGUUUUCUAUGAAUAGUUCACAUGUGGCAAAUUGUACAGUCGAACCUGUAUAUUAAGAGAUAACCCUCGGGGGUUUCGCAAGUUACCACUUAAUACAGGGUGACCGCCCAAUGCAGGUCCAAGUACCAUGAUUAAAAAGGGUGCAAUUGAUUCUUAAUAAAAGAGAACUGAAAAUGACAACAAAUACAAAAUGACAGAGCCGUGCUGAGUUUAGCUGCUGCAGCAUGCUAAGUUUGGUUUGACUCAAGAAAUCGAUAACCCUUGAUGUCCAUUAAUUUGUACAAAAUGCACAAAACCAUCACCGGAUUCCAUCACUUCUCUUAUAUACCGGUGGCCGUGUUAUGUUUGGGACUGUGCGAAAGCAUAGUCUAUCAAGAUAUUAUCGAUAGUCUGGAAACUAAACAGAAGUGUUUGUUAUAUGUUAGAUGAAACGUGUAACCACGAUGAAUAAUAUUUAAUCAAGUUAAGACAAAGGAUUUGUGCACGGUGAGCUUUGAAGUUUGCCUGGCUUAUAGACCAUAUCUUGAUAGACCUUGGGAAAGGUGAUAGCCAAACAAAUGAGAAAUGCAGUAUAAUUUACUCGUUUCUUAAUUCACUGUCGAAGAUUUUUGAAGUUAAUCACCAUGGGCCGUAACUCUUAGUGAAACCUUGCAAUAACCUGAGGUAGUACCAUGCUUGUAAAGGUCAACAAAUGAAUAUUUUUUAUUUCGUAGAAUCGAUUAAAAGAAUCGUUGGAACUGUUCAAAAGUAUUUGGAAUAACAGGUAGUUAUACCAUGAUAAAUUUUUAAUAAUAAAAAGC